GUGCUCAGUUUAGUGCGGGAACCACAGCCGCAGCGCGUGUUAAGCAGGUGGUUAGCAUCGUGCUAGAAGGCCGCGGAGCCUCGGCGUUUCUUGGCUCAGCGGAGCCGCACAGAGAGGCAAGCGACGCGGACUGGCGCGUCUGUGGGUUCACGAAGAACAAGACGAUAAAACGUGUAAUUAAAUCCGUGAGGACUUGAAGUGAUCGUUGUUGAGGUGUUUCACCACAGCUCACUUCCUGUUUCAGGGAUGGACAGCUGCUGACACCUCUCACUCUGUAUAUACCGGAACAUUCAGCUUCACUAUGUCAGCUGACAGCGAGCUGAGCACCGACACCAGUGACGACAACAAACUGGUCAAACCAAAAGUGGAGUUCCGCUCUCUGCUGCAACAUGCUGGGGCCACAAAAGAUGUUUUCACCAUGAAGGAGGUGAUGUUCUACCUGGGUCAGUACAUCAUCCAGAACCAGCUGUACGACCAGAAGCAGCAGCACAUCGUCCAAUGCUCCCAUGAUGCACUGGGGCGGGUGCUGGGAGUCGACAGCUUCUCUGUGAAAGAGCCACGAGUUCUGUUUGCAAUGAUCACCAAGAACCUGGUGGCUGUGAAGAGCCAAGAGUCGCCCCCGAGCGAGAACGAACCAAACGGCAACAGUCAGACAGACAGAGGGACAGAGGAGGCAGAAUCAGAAAGCCGCUCUUCAUCACCAGACAGGAGGAAGAGGAGGAGAAGGAGGGGGAGGAGAAGGAGGAGCUGCAGGAGCAAUGAACCAGGCCCCUCCCACAGUGUUGAGGAUGAUGAAGAUGAGGAGGAGUCAGAGGAUGAAGAGGAAGAAGAGGGGAGGAAGAGGAGGAGAUCCGACAGCUUCUCCUUUACCUUUGAUGACAGCUUGUCCUGGUGUGUGAUUGGAGGACUGGGCGGCAAGCGGGACAGACACAGCAGUCAAUCAUCAGAAUCACACAGCACAUCUGGGAGGUCAGAGGUCACGGUCCCAGCCUCAGACUCAGAGAGCGACAACUUCAGCGUCGAAUUUGAGGUCGAGUCCGCAGAUUCCGACGAUUACAAUGAAGACGACACUUCUCUGUCGGCCGACGACCAGGUGUACGAGGUCACCAUCUUUGAGGCAGAAGACGACGACUCCUUCGAUGAAGACACAGAAAUCACUGAAGCUGACUACUGGCGGUGUGUGAAGUGUGACGAGUUGAACCCCCCCCUCCCUAGAAACUGUCUCCGCUGUUGGACUCUGCGACGCGAUUGGCUGCCUGAGGAGUCCCUCAACGCUACUAACUCCUCCCCCUCCAGUCCUAAAGCACUGCCCAAAAAGCCAACCGACCAAUCGGCAGCCAAAGAAGCUUCAGGUACCUUUAGUUGCAGCAUCAGGUCACGAGUUCGUAUCAUAUCUGACGAGUUAUCAAUGAUUCAACAGACAGAGGUUCCGAUGUCGAGGAGAACGAAGGAGUCGAUGUUCCAGAUGGGAAAAGGGCGAGAACUCCUCCUCUGUCGCAGUGUUUCUCUGACUGCACCUCCUCCGCUCCCAACUCCCAGGAUCUCCUCUCCUCCUCCCAGCCCUCCUCCUCCUACUCCUCCACGGACUCCCAGGAGCUUCUCCAGUCGUCCCUCACAUGUUCACCUCCUGCUCCUGCGGUCCCAGAGUUGGAGCGCAGCGUGUCUGCGGAGUGGCGUUUGCCAGAGUCGUGCCUCGACCCCUGCCUCAUCUGUCAGUCCCGGCCCAAGAACGGCUGCAUCGUCCACGGACGAACGGGACACCUCAUGUCCUGCUACGUCUGCGCCAGGAAGCUGAAGAAGAGGAACAAGCUGUGUCCCGUCUGCAGGCUGCCCAUCCAGUCUGUCGUCUUCACCUACCUCAGCUGAGACUCACCCUCUGUCCUCACCUCCUUCAGCUGAGACUCGCCCUCUGUCCUCACCUCCUUCAGCUGAGACUCACCCUCUGUCCUCACCCACCAA